AUGCCCAACCAUUGUGAGCUACAGGAGGAUUCCGGAGAGGAUCGUACUUUACUACCCCCCGACCAGCCCCCCCACAAGGUCGGUCUACCCCUGCACCACACUCUGUCAGCUGGCAGGUGCUGCUUCUGGUUGCGCGAAGGAGCUUACUACUGACAUCAUCGGGACGGCCGUCCUCGUUGACGUCGACUCCGUCGUGGUCGUUCGUUUAGAUCGCAAGGCAUGAACGCACACUGAACGAAAAGCCGCGUUCCCACCUCGGGUCAACGUGGCCAAAGAGCAUGCCGUGCCCUAGUGUCAACCUCCCAACUGAACUCAUACAGCGCAUCUUGCUGCGUUCGUUGCCGGAGCCGUCGUGGUCGUCGUUCCAGGAGACGUCCACCACCUUGCGCUCGGUCGCGCUCGUCGCUCGAGUUUGGACCGACUGGGCUCAAUCCGAACUGCAUCGACAUGUCGUCUUGCGUGACGAAACCACCACGAAUCUUUGGCUGGAGUCUUAUUUGACCGAGCGCCCCAAGUCGGAAGCUCGAACAAGAUUCGUACAGACGUUGCGGAUAGGAGGUGGGACGUCGAUGAGGACCCCUCCCCACCGAUUUGACGAGGUCCUCGCAAGAUGUGGCGCGCAGUUGCAAGAACUCUGGUUGUCCGCUUUGAAAGACGUGGAUCUCAGACAAAUUUCAAGUAUUUCCAGUACGUAUAGGACCUACACCGUGAUGUCUUAGGGUGCUGACCUGGCUUGCGUCGUCGGGACAGAUCUCCGAACACUCGACUGCGUCGACUUGACGCUCGGUUUUCCCGCCCAUCUCAUCGACUUCCAACUUCCCAUCGUGAAACCCUCACUACAACGACUCGAAACCCUCAUCAUUAAAGACGUCGAUAUCGCCUCAUCGACUCACGCGAUCAUGUUCCAAGACCACAACUUUCCCCGCCUCGAGGUGCUCUAUGUCGACUCGGCCGAAGUCCUGGCGCAGAUCUUCGACGAGCUGAAUCCGGACCUCUACCCCGACGAAAACGAUGAUGCCGUUUUCCCGCGAUUACGGAUGCUUUCUCCCGCUUCGGAUCUGCGCGUCCCUUUCAUCUACCCGAACGGUUUGCUGUUCCUGAACCUCGAGGGCAAGUUCUUCAAAGACCACGACUGGAGCGAUGAUUUCCCUUCCCUCCCAACCACAAUCCGCUACCUCCGCUUCGACCGUUCCGUCGACGUCGAAGACAUGGUCGACUUCCUCCAACUCGUCUCUUUAACGAACCUCGAAACCAUCUUCCUCCCUAUUGAAUGCCAAGACCCCGUUGAGAAAGACCGGUUCCCUCCGCCUCUUUCGAAACAGUGGUUCGACUCGCGCGGCGUGAGGAUCGAGUACGAGGUUGAUAUCUACGACGACUCGUUGGCGCUGCAGGAUGAUUCUCAACCUUGGAGUUUCUUGAGGAGGGUCGAAUGGGUCAAGGCUCGACAUCCCCGAAAAGAGUUGACGUCUCCUACGUCGAGCCAGGGUUAUCGACGACAGAGGAGUGAAGGGGGGAGGUAA